GUCUCCGCGUUGAUGCAGGAGAAAACAUUUCGGCAUGAAGGUCCCUCUCGGUUUCCUGGCGGCGGCGCUGCUGGCGAUAUGCGGUGUGAACAAUGCCUUGGCGGAGUUCGCCAUCCCAGAGUGCAUCAAGCCACCACAAGAGGUCGUAGUCCCCGUCGACGGAACGGUCCUGCUCCAGUCGCCCGCUUUCCCCGAGGCCUAUCCGUCACGCUCCAACUGCGGCUGGAAUGUUCGGAGUGAGGAGCCGGGCCAGCAGGUGAGGAUCGAGUGCCCUUCUUUCAAGCUGACCAACAGGAACAGGAACGGACGUUGCUUCGACUUCCUGCGCGUCAACGACAAAAGGUUCUGCGGCGAGAGAGGCCCUGCUGUCGUAGCCUCUUUACUCGACGUCGACUUCCGCUCCGACCGUCGCCGCAACAGCAGAGGUUUCAACUGCUCAGUCACGACGGCUCAGGCCCCCAGCAGGAGCGAAACCCCCAGAUGUUCUCAGCCGCCCCAGAACAUCCCAGUUGCUCCUGGAAACGUCGUGUUCUUCAGUUCCCCGAAUUAUCCGAAUAACUAUCCAAACGGACGGUGUGGAUGGCGGUUUACGCCUGCAGCAAGCAACACGCGCCUUACGCUUUCUUGCAAUGACUUCAGAAUGCAGAAUCGCGUCAGGAAGAACAGAUGUCAAGACUUCCUCAGUGUGAAGGCCAAGGGGAAGUAUGUUCUCUGUAGUUCAUUCUGUGCAGAGUCUCCAAUCAUCUACGGUAAGCUCUUAUUGGUUAAGCCAAUAAGAGACAAUUGUCUGGCUUCACUCGCUCUCAGCCGAAUCCCUCUCCCCCACCUCAUCUUCCACGCCAAUCCGGUACUCAGCGACCCUCAAGACACCGAACACGGCGACGCACCAACAGACCACAAAUAA